AAAAAAAAAAAAAAAAGCCGCUUCACACGAUAAGACCCACUUUACGAAUCACAUCAGCCUCGAUCCUGCCCCGAGGCACGGCGAGAACGGCGUCUGUCGUGUUCGUGAAAAUUUAUGGAAGCUCGAGCUGUCUUCCGUCUCUCUUACAUUCCAUUUGCGCCACGCCUUUGAAGACUUGUGUAUAUAUUUCCUACUGUCACUUGCUGAAACAACAAUGACUCCCCCAGCCCCAGGCGACUACACCUCCGUGCGCGCCGCCAUCCUCGCGCUCCUCGCGCGCCCAGAAUACGACGACGGCAGCGUCGGCCCCGUACUCGUGCGACUAGCAUGGCACUCCGCCAGCAGCUACGACGCCUCGACCAACACGGGCGGCUCCAACGGCGCCGGCAUGCGCUACGAAGCCGAAGGCGGCGACCCGGCCAACGCCGGGCUGCAACACGCGCGCGUCUUCCUCGAGCCCGUCAAAGCCGCGCACCCAUGGCUCACCUACGCGGACCUGUGGACGCUGGUGGGCUGCGUCGCGAUCGAGGCGCUGGGCGGGCCCGCGGUCGCCUGGCUGCCCGGCCGCACCGACUACGUCGACGACACGCGCUUGCCACCGCGGGGGGGGUUGCCGGACGCGUCGCAGGGCGCAGCACACGUGCGGGCGGUGCUCGUGCGGAUGGGGCUCAGCGACCACAAGGCGGUGGCGCUGUGCGGGGCGCAUAGUCUGAGGCGGUGCCAUGGGAAGCGGUCCGGGUUUGAGGGGAAGUGGGUGUACAACCCGACGCGGUUUGGGAACCAGUAUUUUCGGUUGCUGGCGCGGUUUGAGUGGGCGCCGAAGACGCUGGGGAGUGGGGUGCGGCAGUUUGUGCAUGUGGAUGAGGAGCUCAGGAAGGAGCUGAUGAUGCUGCCGUCGGAUAUGGCGUUGUUGGCGGAUGAGAGAUUUAAGGAGUGGGUGGUGAGGUAUGCGGAGGAUAAAGAGCUGUUUUAUGCGGAUUUUGCGAAGGCGUUUGCGAAGUUGAUGGAGUUGGGGUUGAGGAGAGGUGAGGAUGGGAAGGUCUUGAAUGAGGAUAAUCAGAAAGGGGGGUAUGCUUCUGCUCCUAAGAAGCUAGAUGGGCUGGGACUGCCCGGCGUAGCCAACGAAGAGGCAGAGCCUUUGCGGGAGGAGAACGAGAAGUUCAGAGCUAGACUCUAA